CCUAUGCCCGUGUUCUUGUUGAGGUGGAUGUAUCUUCAACUUUGGUAGAAGAAGUGUUGGUUAAAAACUCUGCUGGUCGGUCCUUUAAGGUUGCAGUGGAGUAUGAAAACAUACCUGCUUACUGUAAAUUAUGUUCUGCUAUUGGCCAUCGAUGUGAUUCUGAAGACAACAGGCAAGCUCGACUAAAAUCAAUUGCUGCUGCUGCGAAAUCCCGGGUGCAGGCUGGAAGAAAGUUUCAGGGUGGUUUUGCUCGCGGUGCCCAGCCUAUAAAAACAAACGCUGCUACCCCAUCCAGAGUCCUCCCUGUCUCGAAUCGAUUCACUACCCUCGACGCGGUGGAAGCUUCUUCUAGCAAACUGAAAGAGCCUUCUGCCCUCGACACAGUGGUAGCUUCCUCAAGCAAACAGAAAGUGCUUGAUCCUUGUUCUUCUGCUCUGGUCCAGCGGAAAACAUCUGGUGACAUCCCCUGCCUUGCUUCCUCAAGCAAACAGAAUGUGCCUAAUCCUUGUUCAUCCUGGUGACAACCCCUGCCUUGGAUCAGACCAGGAAAGUCCCCCAGAAUCUCUGAAUAUACAGUCUGCCAAGUCUUUAAAUGUUCACAGAAAAUCAUCUGCUCUUAAUUCCAGAGACCCUCUGGAAAUUGAUAAUGUAAAUUCUGGAAAUUCUAGUGACACGCUGAAAGUCGAUACUGAAGCUGCUGUCCUGAUUUUUGAUUCCCAGACCAACAUCAGUCAAGCAGAUCCAGAUAUCUUGCAGUCCAGCUCUGAGAUGAUGUAUAAUUCAGAACUACGAGGCUCUCCGCUGGACGAUUUUGCUGCUGAUCCCCCUCAGACAUUGAAUGGAAAAGAGCAGCGACACUCCCUUGUGGACGAAAAUAGCCCCCAAACUGUUAAUGAUAAGCUCCCUGCGCAACGGAAUACUAAUGUAAAUGGGAGAAGAAAUCGGAAAAAUCGCGGAAGGCACAACUCCAACUCCAAAUGAAGAUUGGAGUUUGGAAUAUUAGGGGGAUUCACCAAACCCCCAAACAAAUCGAGUUGGUGAAAUUAAUUAAGGAUCUCUCCAUUCAUCUUUUUGGAGUGUUGGAAACUAAAUGUAAUGAUACUUAUUUUGCUGAUUUUGUUCGUAGAAGACUUCCAUCUUGGGAGUUUACUCACAACUUCAGUCGUGUGAAAGGGGGUCGUAUUGGUAUCUUCUGGGAUCCAGUGUUUAUCACAGUCGAUACUCUUGAGAUUGAGGAGCAGUGCAUCUCCCUCAGAGUUGCUUGCAAAGUCACCUCAUCUAUUGUUGUCGUCACUGUCGUUUAUGGUUUUAAUUCUUUGGUGAAACGCAGAACACUCUGGGACAGUCUAUUACGAAUUGGUAGCGCUAUAAAUGAACCCUGGAUGGUACUUGGCGAUUUUAACUCAGUCCUGAGUGCUGCUGAUCGUGUUAGGGGUCGAGUGGUUCGUCCCUAUGAUUACAAAGAUUUUCUCUCCUGCGUUACAGCGCUGGGUCUAACUGAUCUCCCUUCUGCUGGUUGUCGGUACACUUGGUCGAACAAUAAUAUAUGGGCGAAGCUGGAUCGGGUUAUGGUUAACCAUGGCUGGCUUGCUGCAAAUUUCUGGAGCUCAGUCAACUUUCUGGCCCCGAGCCUUUCAGAUCAUUCUCCUGCAGUUGCCUCUAUAUUUGCUGAACCGAUGGUGAAACGAGCGUCUUUUAAGUUCUUUAAUAUGUGGACUUCUCAUCCCUCUUUCUCUGACAUUGUUCGAGCAGCUUGGAACAUUGCUGUGGAGGGUACUGCUCAAUUUAAAUUGGUGACCAAGCUUAAGCACCUCAAGAAGGAUCUGAUUACCCUCAACAAAGCCCACUUCUCGCACAUUCUGGAGCGCGCUCAAGCAGCAAGUGAUGCUCUAAAACAGGCUCAGAUUGAAUCGGAUGCAGCUCCUGGCCUCUUCUCCUCGGAUUACUUAUCUGGCCUCCGGAACACAGCUGUUCUUUUGCAGCAGGCAGCCGCUUCUUUUGUUGCUCAAAACAAAAGUGCAGUUUUUAGUCGGGAAUGA